CCCAGCCCGAGGUAACGCCUACUUAAACUUGCGCUCCGUCUGCGAAGGAGACAAGGAGCGAUUGAGCCUAGGUAGAAUAAACCUGCGCCCACCACUCUGUCGUCGGCCGUCCCUCACUGCUCUCUGGCUUCUCUGCUGACGAAAGGACUAAAGUCUGAAGGAGAAAAACAGGAACUCCUGGCCGACUGGCCCCUGCGUCUGGCUUCUCCAUAUUCUGGCUUCACAGGACAAGAUGUGAAAUGAAAUCCACUCACGGGGCUGUGGGGUUUAGAGGCAAAUAUGGGAGCGAUAAAGGCUGCGACAAGCUUUUCUCUCACCGGCGGGCGACCAGACUUCGGCAGCAGCUCAACCAAUGGGGCACUUUCUCCCGAUGCUCAGAAAGCACAGAUCCGAACUCUACGUCUUCCAGAUUCCAAACCUUCGUGGAUCAUAAGAACAAAGUGUAAGGUGGGGAUGGAAGGGAGAAAGAAGGCAGACCCUCCUUGUGUUGUUUGUGGAGGGAGUGGCAGAGUCGACUGCUCCCGCUGUAAUGGAAGAGGAAGGACAAAUCAUGUGGAGCUAGAGGUGCUUCCACAAGGAAAGUGGCCAGAGUGGUGUAGAUACUGUAGUGGAAGUGGACUGAGCCACUGCUCUCGCUGCCUUGGCACCGGCGAGUAUCGCCAUACAAUGGGAUUUGACUUCAUGUACAGUGCAGCUAGCCAAUCUUGAUCAACAUGCAACAUUACAUAUUUACAGCUUCCUCAUAUAUUGUAAUAAUGAACAAAAUUACACUUUGGCUCCUUUCAGUCUUUUUACUGAUUUUUGUUAUUUCCCAAAAUAAUCUCGAUCCUUUUUUUAUACGAGUAUAUCACUAUAUCUUAUCAAAUACGGAGUACGUAGUAUUAUGUAUCAAUGUAUCAUUGUACUGGCAACCUCAUGAAAAAGUCAGGGAAUAGGCAAGAAAGGGGUGGGAAUGUGAU